AUGCGGAUCGACCAAACAAAGACCCAGUCCGUGGAAAAGACCUGGGCUGACGAAAGUCAAAUUAAUAUCGAUGGCAUACCUCAAGCAGAUCUCGUCUUACGUUUACGUCAGGCCUUCCACAAGCAUGGACAACGAUAUGAAGGAGAGAGUAGUGAAACGUUGCGCCCAUGGUGUGUUGCGGGUAAGAUAUCAACUAGAUGCUAUUGCGCAGGAGAAAACUGCUUCCGAGAUACGUGGAGCGUUUUUGUAUUUCUUCUAGAGGUUUAUCGCGAGGGAUUUUCGAAUAAAAUGAAAGGGCAAAGCAAGAAACUCGCAAAAUCGUAUGGUAAACUCAAACAGAUAGACCAAGUAACUACCGGUUCCGGGCACUCUGUAGCAUCUACACUCUAUUGUAUCCUCAGAGAAAUGAAAAAAGAAUUCAAACUAGAUGUUGUACCUACAAUACUGAUUCCUGAUGACGCAGCAGUAGAGAAGGACUGGGAAAGUUUCGAAGAUAGACUUCGUGGCAGGAUUCAAGGCCUAUUACCCGAAAAGGGUAAAAAAGAUGAAGUCUCCAGAACUCAUAUCGUCACGGAGGAUAAAGAAAAAAAGAUGAAGGAACGGUUUGACAUCGUUCUGGUCAUAAUGGUCGCUCUCAACGCCAUAUGCUUGGCCAUCCUGGCCGCCUUCUUUUGCUGGUACAUGACGUUUUCCAAGCGUGAAAUGCAGUCUCUGGGCAUCACUCACACACGUGGGGCACGAAAAGUCUCAGUUGAAGAUGUAGCUGGAAAGAAGAAAUCCUCAGAGGAAGAUCCUGCGAAAAGGAGAUCGGCUGAGGCACUUUCCGCAGGGAAUCUUUCUGGGGAGCAAGCGCAGGGUCCUCCACCAGCAGCAGCUCCGAGGAAGCCUCUGCCCGGCGUAGAUCCGUACUUUUGGUGA